AUGAUUUCUAAUGAUCUUCUUAACACCAUCCUAGAGCUGGAUAUAACUGCACACCAAGCAUGGGAAUGUUUGAAAAAUAUUUUUCAGGAUAAAAAAAAUUUUCGUGCUAUUGAUCUAGAAAAUCAAUUCACUUAUGUUCAUCUUGAUGAUUUUUCAAACGUUUCUGCUUAUUGUCAGGAACUUAAGAUGCUUGUUGAUCAACUUUCAGAUGUUGGUGCAUCGGUCUCAAAUGAAAGGUUAGUUCUCCAGUUAAUUGCGGGAUUGAAUGAGAAUUACGAUGGUGCUGCUACUUUCAUUCAACAGAGUGAUCCAUUGCCUCCGUUUUAUGAGGCAAGUUCAAGGCUUAUCCUUGAGGAAACCCACAAAGCUAAGCAAACAGCCAUAGCCUCUAACGCUGCUGGAACUGCUCUUCUGAAACCCACAAAGCUAAGCAAACAGCCAUAG